AUGGCUUCUCAAAACCCCGCCCAGGGAUUUGGCGGCAAGGCCCCGCCCAGCAGUUCCAGUUCGAAUCCAGCCUCGCAGGCAACCCGCGACAAGGAGUUCUACUCCUCGUUCCUGCAGAAGCUGCUGGACGUCAUCGGGCAAGCCGACGAUGCCACAGUGAACCACGUCGUCACUACCGUUCGCUCGGGCGCCUCGCAUGACCAGAUCCUCGCGCUCGUCAACGAUCUCUCGAAGCGUGGGAAGGGCACGUAA